AGGCAACAGGGAGGGGCCUCUCUCUCUGAUUGGGCUACUACUCACUUACAGUAAAUGACAUGAUAUGAUACGUAUUAGCCUCCCUCCCUUUGUAUUCUCAAACGCAGUAAAUGCUACUUAAGCAAAGUAGUAAAUGGAUCCCCAUGGAUGUCAUGACCACAUGGGCCUCCACUGUCACUUCCACCCCAGUGAUUCCUUUCUCUCAACUCAACAAACACCUUAUUAUUCAGUUAACUUACUUUCUUGCUUUACUGACUCAACAUAAUUCUGACUGAAAGGCUCUUCCUGCGUUACUUGUGUGUGGCGUUUGCUUGAGUUGGGGUUGCUGACAAGCACAGUGUUUUUUCGGUUUUUUCUGUACUUAUGUUAUCUGCAGAAUGCGAUGAGUCGUUUCGUGCUUGCAUCGUCAAUUCAAGGGGUGUAUCGAAGUACCGGAUUAAACGUAUGCCAGUGGGAAGAUGAGCUUGAUAGCCAAAGGGUUGCAGGACGAGAUUGCACAUCUCAUUCUACGUCCGACGUGAUGGUUGUUUUUGUUAUUUGUGUUUUAUUAUUUGUUUCGUUCAUUUGUUUCUUCUUUUUUCUCAUUCCGUCUUGGGGUCUCCGCCCGGGUGCGCUGGGUGACUGUGAUGGAGACCAACGGGGUGGUUAUUGUUGUUGUUGGUGGUUGUGUUUAUUGCUGCAUAGAUUGAUAAAAGUGCGCUGUUUGACUUAGGCAUAUUAUUAGCUAAACUCCAGAUCAAUGGGGGGGGGGGAGCUACUAAACUCGCUCGCUCUUUGACUGCGGGGGAGAGAGGGACGCUGACAUCACACAUCACUCCACAUAUUGGUGCAGGGCCAUAAUUGCGCAACUCUACGACGACACUCAAGUGAAGAAACCGAGGGUGGUGGCUAAAACCCCACUGAGGGGGGGGGGGACCCAUAACUACCGAGGUUGGAAUAUCUCUCUCUCUCUCUCUCUAUAUAUAUAUAAUUUAUCGAAGCUGAUGUGUUUCACCAUUAUCUGGAGUGGAGGAGCCGACGGAAGGCAAAAGCCAGAUUGCGCUUCGCACCAGAAUUCCAGCUUCGUAUCCGAGCUUGCAUUACAUAUCAGAUCUCCCGCGCCGGUAGGGUCGGAGUGGUAUCAGCUUGGAGGAUCCUAGGCUUCCUGGGCUAGACUUCAUAGUUGUUGUUGUUGGUUUCGACCGUGUCGGCGUUUCACAGUGAAACGUUCUGUGUCGACGAGGCUUGUUUGAAGGUGCAGUUCAGACACUUUAAGUAACAGUUACAACGUUGGUUGCUGAGAGCUUGUUUUCGAGAGCAAUCGUUGCUUGUUUGAGAGGGGCAGAGUUUGUGUGUGUGUGUGAGAGACUGAAAUUCUGUGGCAUGGUAGUAUGCUAACGUUCCACUCGUUCACUGGAUACGUCGCUGCCAUGUACAUUGACGGGAGGUGGAAAACGAGCAUAGGCAGAGAGCUUGAUUUGGGAUUGUAGUGAUCGUCCUAGUGGGCAGGUUCCAGUUGAUGUGUAUGUGAUGCCUAUGCGUUCCGUUUGUGAGCGGAGUCUGGGUGCCCUCGGGGAGGAUUGUUUAAGUGAGGUGGAGCACCCGUGCGUCGUAGCAAAAAAUCUGGGGAAAGCGAGGACGUGAUGCCGACUCCAUGCGCGUUCGUGCACGUUCUUCAGAACCUGUUGAGGGGAAAAACUAAGCCGUUGUAGGGAUCACAACUUGUAAGGCUGCGUGGAGACAGUGGGUGUACUGCGCCAAAGCCCGUCCUGUCAAACUACAGCAACAUUCUUUAGGGGGAGUGACAAUUUACUCUUUCCAAAUCUCUCAUUCCAUAACCAAACAUACAUCAAUUAAUCUAGUCCGAACCUGUGAUCCUAAGCCAUCGCAAAGUACUCCGCAGUUUGCAUGCAUACUGUGAGGCUCUGAUCGGGGAGAGAGCAAGUCAAUAUGUUGGAAAGAUCAUGGUGCGAAGCGGAAUCGAGUUUGACGACGGAAAUCGACCCAGCAUUUGUUGCCGCAGUCCCCAACGGUGACGCGCAUUCCAGCGGGCAACUCAACGGCACAUCGCGGCGCUGCGUGACUCCCAAAGUGACACCGGGGCUUAAUGAAAGCGUUCAACUGGUGCCAGAAUACUGGGACCAAACAGUGCCGGUGUGGCCGUGUGGGGAUGCAGAGGCCUCGUCCAAGAGAAAGGCGAAGAGGAACGAUGGACAUGGUAGAAUCCCCCGAAGUCGUCUUCAUGGCCAUGGUGGAACACCUCCCGAGUACAACUCCCUGAAAAAUUGUUUCUGUAACAGGGCACUGGGGUUGGAUCACGAGGGAAACGAUCCCGUUUACCCCAGAGGCACAGCAAGGAUCGAGGGAGGUGAUCGGGAGGAAUGCAAUGACGAAGGCGGGAGGCGGCGGGCUGAUCCCGUGGCGGCAGCCCAAACUUCCUGCUCCGAGGGAGUUUUGACAUCUUGGUGCUCAAGUGGUCAACGCCAAGAUCCCUUAGGCGACGGGAUGUAAGAGACAAGUAUUCUGUGCGGGGCUUACACGUGACGUUUGGAGGAACCAGUGCCUGCGAUCAUUCCACGGGCAAUUCACAUGGCGGCGUGCACUUACCAAUUUUCCAAGUUUGGGAGUGACAUCUGAGGUCAGUUCCGGAACCGGCGUAAUCCAUUGGGUUUCACCGCGGCGAUGCGCAAUACAAGCUUCUCGUCAAGGUGUGCUAGUAAUGGCAACGGCAUGUGAACGGGUGAACAGAUCAAUCGCCGCACGGGUACUUAUUCACAACCACACGUAAUGCAAUGAGUUUCUUAUUGCAGGAAGCCUCGAAAAUUUAUCCAUCGGACAGCUCUGAGUGGUUUUGCAAUGCAACAAUAUGCUACAUGCUCCUCGGCCAGUUCCUCAGCACCUUACAAACUUCAAAAAAUUAAACAGGAUUUAACUUCGUUGCAACUGACGGCAAUCAGUUGACGUUAAUUUGCGUAUGGGCACAAGUUCAUAAAACUCCAACACUAGGAGCAAAGCAAAUAGAUUAGAACACCGAUGUAGACAAUGGACAUGGACAUUCUACAAGCUAAUGGAUUGAGUUCAGAAUGCGGUGCCCUUCUCCCAUGUGGAAUUAUCGAAUGGCUACUUUUGCAAGGUUCUGUAGACUCAUCUGAGCUGCCUCCGUUUUUUGUAAAAGGACCGAAGAGGUUGCCUGAUUGUUGAACCACCCCACCAUUUGAUAAUCAGUCGACUGCUUUCCACCGUUCCUUCGAUGUCUGAGCUUCAUUGAAAUACGCGUGCGUGCCUGGUACUUAGGUCUUCAAACCGUUCUAAAAGUAUGUUUGCAUCUUCCGUGUUGGAGGAUUAAUG